AUGUUAAUACACAAAGAAGCCGACAUAACUAAGUGUGAUGAGGAAGAUAUAUCACCUCUGUAUAUUGCUUGCCAGAAAAAACAUACCGAUGUUAUUGAAAUAUUAAUCAACAAUAAGGCAAACGUUAAUAAAUGUAGAGAUACUGGAGCAUCACCUCUAUAUAUUGCCUGUCACCAAGGACAUGCUGAUGUUGUUCAAAUUUUAAUAGACAAUGAUGCAGAUAUCAAUAAAUGUAGAGAUAUUGGAGCAUCACCUCUGUACAUUGCCUGCCAUUUAGGACAUACUAAAGUCGUUCAGAUGUUGAUAAACAGUAUGGCAGAACCGAAUACGUGUAAUGAUAUAGGAGUAUCACCUCUGUAUAUUGCUUGCCAAGAAGGCCAAACUGGUGUAGUAAAAUUAUUAAUCAACAAUAAAGCAGAUAUUAAUAAAUGUAUGAACACAGGAGAAACCCCUUUGUUGAUAGCCUGUGUUAAAAGUCAUGCAAAUAUCGUUGAAUUGCUAUUGAAUCAUAAAGCAGAUUGCAACAUUAAAUGGAGAGGACUAACACCACUGAAUAUUGCUAAAAGAGAAAAUAUUACCAAUAUUGUGCACUUAUUAGAAAAAUAG